CGACAAAACCCUAUCUCGCGCUCUUGCCUAUAUAAGUUUGAAGUGCCGAACACCAUUUUUUCCAGAAGAAAAUGGAGCUUUGUACCUCCCAAUCCAUGUCCAAACUUCCCAUCCCCAACCACCACCCUAGCAGGCUUCUCAUCUCAAACCCUAAUCACCUCCAUUGCAAGUCCUCUCUUAACCCCCUCCGACGAAACUCACUCUUCUCUCCCGCCGCUCGUGGACUGCACUAUCGAUUGAUCUAUUCUCCGAAGUGCUUACCAAGAGCAACAUCGGAAGAAACAUCAAGUGGAUCAAAUAAGUACACUAGUGAAGCAUCAUCUGAAGAGACAUUAGGUGGAGCUAAUCAGUACACUAGUGAAAAGCGUGAUUCUGUGAUAACUUUUGAAGAUUUUCCACCAGUAGAAAAGAAAGUCGAUAAUGAUAUUUUGACGACAGAAGUAACUCAAGAAAAGACUGAACAGUCACCCGUUGAUGAAGGGCAAUCAUUGAUAUCAGAGGUUUUGGAUAAGCUUAAUAUUGACUCUGAAGAUACAUACUCCAUCUUACUUUACGGCGGUGGUGCCUCUAUUGUCCUCUGGCUGGCAUCUGCUAUUGUUGGCGCAAUUGAUUCUAUCCCCGUGAUCCCCAAAUUUCUGGAAAUUGUUGGACUUGGCUACACAGUCUGGUUCACAUAUCGCUAUUUGAUAUUUAAGAAAAGUAGGGAGGAGUUACUUGCUAAGUUUGAAGAGCUUAAGGAGGAGGUUCUUGGAUCAAAUGAUGAUUGAUAGAGACGACUACAUGGUUGGUUUGGAGAUACGUUUAUGGAACACAUGAAUAAUUGUGGAAUUUGACUUUGUUGAUUUGUAUAUUAUAUAUGUUUCUUCAAAGGAAAAGGAAAAGGAAAAAAAGCGUCAUACAAGAUCCCAAAUCCUUCCAUAGAAGUCAGAAGAGGAAGACGGAUUCUCAUGCACAAUAUAUUUUAGUAUUCUUUCAA